GGACGCGGGACGAGCGACCGGUCGGUCGGUUGAUGUGGGUUGGGUUGCCCAUUUUUAGAGUAAGCGUUAAGUACAAUGCGAUUUUUCCUCGUCGUUGUCCGUUCGUCCGUCCGUUUGCUUGUGCGCCGCUCUGUCGUUAAUGUCCAUUGACAUUUGACAGUGAUCCGUUCGAAAUGAUACGAAAAAUGUGAAGUGCGUGAACCGUUUAAUUUUUUUUUUUUUUUAAUUAUUAUUUUCGAGUAUUUUUGUUUUGUGCACAUUGAAUCCAAUGGAAAUAUGUACGCGUAAUUGUAGCUGGCACGUAAAAGUACCGUCGGAAGCGGUGUAAUAUGUAUUCGACGAAGCUGACACCGUUAUCGCCGACACUGUUAUAAUAAUUUCAACGAGCCCCGCCGAAUUACCACCAUUUUUUCAUUGCUUGCAAAAAAUAUUUCAAUAUUUGUUAGGUAAAUCGAUUUUUUUUUUAUAUGAUACAUAAUACAUAAAACCUCUAGGUAUUGUGGUAAAAUGGGAUUUCUUUAUGAGUCAUUAUAGAGUAUAUCAGUAAUUUUACCCACAAACAUAUAUGGCUGUAUAAUGCAUCGUUUUGCACGUACCAACAAUUUGUUGCUGUUUCGCAUUUGUAUUGUAUAGGUAUAAUAUUUACCAAUGUAAAUGUAAACAAAAGUAUUAUAUUAGGUAUUAGAUUAGACGAAUCUAAUAAAAUUACUAAUACACGUAGUAUAUACAAAUGUUAUAAAUUACCUAGUUUUUAAAUAAUAAUUAUGUACCAACUCACGAUACAUUUUAUUUAAAAUUUUUGUUGAAAAUAAAUUGUUGUUAUUUCCUAUUGUUUAAUGAAAUAAAUGCACAUAACGUAUAAAUCCCGGAAAGGAUAAUUCCGGAAUCCAAAAAUAUGAAAAUCGUAUUUGUUCAGAAUGACAAUUCCGAAAUUCGCCCCCCUAGCCUUAUUGUCGACAUAGUUAACACCAUGAUAAAUAACACAAUUAUAUUUUAUUCAAAUUUUUGAGAAAUAGGUAUUCCUUGUAUAGUAGAAUCUGAGAAUAGAUAAAUUACAUCUUAGUCCGUAUUUCACAAUAACUAUUUAUUUGUAUUUAAUUAGGGUUAUUAAAUAUACUUUGUUUGGGUAGUUCCUACCUAUAUUAUAGAUAUACCUAGGUUUAUAUUAUUAGUUGAUUAUUAGAUACUUAACAAAAAAUUAAUAUUACUAUAGUUACAUAUUAAAACUUUACUCUGCACGAACUACUCGUGCCUAGGCCCCACUAACCAUCACAAUUUCUUCAACCGUUUCUUCAUUUAUUUAUGUAUCAAUAAAAAACUACCUUGGAAGCACCUAUUAAAUAUAUUUAUAUAUUAGGUAUGUGUAUGUAGGUAAUUUAUAUUUAUAUAAUAUGGCAUUCAGACAUUUUGCUCUUCCUUGCCAGACAAUGUUAUUUCUUCUUAUUGAACUGUUUCAUUACAAUAUUUUUUUUUGGCAUUAAUACAAAAUUUAUCAUCUUUUGGAAUUUCUUAAGGAUUUAAAUGAAAGAAUAACUAAUAAAUAUAGCUGUAGCUUCAGUGAUUAUACCUUUUUACCAUAGAACACUAAGUAAACGGAGACCUCCAUUAUAUAAUAUAUUUAUAUAUGAAUUAUGAUUUUAAGAAUAAAUGUUAAAACAUGAGAUGUUGAUAUUUUAUAAUUUGUCUAAUAUACUCAGCAUAGAAAUGUAAACCAAUUUUCCUUUAAUACAUUUUUUAUUUUCUAUGAAAUAUUUUAUUAUUUAUUCAAUUUUAACCGAUAUCCAUGGAAUUUUUUAAUAAUUUCUUUUUGUAGUAUGUUCCUGAUGUUGUAUCAGUAUUUUCAAUUCUGUAUUAAUAUUAAAGUGUUUACUGUCUAGUGUUUACAAAGUCUUCUUGAACGAAGUUUAAUAUUAAUGUAUGGAUGAUCAAAAUAUAAAAGUAAAUCUUUCGUUCCUAUUGGAAGAAAUAGUAUUCUGUUGGUCAUACAAGAAAUCUCUUUGAACGAUACAGAUUUUCAAGACCCAGUUCUUAAAUUUUUCUGUAAAUGCUUUGAGUAAGGUGAUAAAAACAACUACGGAUAUUUAUAUAUUCACCUAUAUUUUUUUGUUUGCAGUUUUGAUCACAGGUAUUUUAAAAUCAAUAUUUAAAAAUGUUAGGUCAGGGUAUUAAUCUCUAUCUUUGCAAAUGUUUAGUAUUAUAAAAAACAUACUUUCAUAAGAUGAUUUUGUUUUAUUCUGCAUUAAAAUAUAUAUACUAUUGUUAUCUAUUCAUAUGAUGUACUGCUGUAUAAAUAGUUUUAGAGCUAGUUUAAAAUUGCUAUCUAAGAACCAAGUAUCCAACAAGUAACCAAGUGUUUACUAGUAAUUGUAAUUUUUCAUCUGAACCAAAUACUAAAAUUUGUCUUAGCGUAAAAUGUAUUUAUUUCUUACUCUGCUAGUUUUUUUUUUUUUUAAUGGCUUAAAACAAGUUUGUGAAUGCCUUGUAUGAUUUUUGUGAUUUCAUUGGAUUGAUUAGUAUAAUAAAGACAUAAAAUGUCUAAAAAUAGAUUUAAAUUUUAGUUCAUUAUCAAAAAUUUAAUUUGAAAAACAUAUAAAAAAAUGUAAUUAAGUGGCCUGAUUUCACAUCUGUUUUCAGAUUCUUUUACUUCACUACAUCAAUCAUUGAUUGAAGGAAGAUUUAUCUUAAUUGCUAUACAUCUAUGUGUUCAAUAAAGAAAGAAAAUAUCCAAUCCCCUAGGCCCUUAGGUAUUAUAUUUUUGUUUUUUAUUUCAUAAGUAAGUACUGAAGUAUUGAGAGAAAUACUAUAACAUUAUUUACACAAUAAAUUGUAUAAGGAUGGGCUUUAGCUUAAUUAUAGUUCAGGAACCUUAAUAUCUAUAUUCUAUCAAUUAAUAUAAGUUGGAUUCAAUAAAAUAAAUUAGAGUGCCUGUGUAAAUUUCUAUUUUAAUUAAUUAUUUUUAAAAUAAGACUUAUCUAUUAUUAGGGCUAUAGGGUUAAUUGAAUUAGUCGAUUGUUAGAUAAUUUAAUCAAUUUUUUUUUAAUAAUAUUUUGAAUACAUAGAGUUAAUAAGUAGUUAAAUAUUUAAUAAAAAAUUGAAGCAAGUACUCAGUUACUAUGCUAUAAAGAUUGACAUUCUUUAUUAGGAUCUAAAUUCUAAGGAUCUGCAGAUCAAAAAAUUAUAAUAUUGGAAAGUAGUUAGUAUUUAUUUGUUUGUAAUAAAAUUUGAUGUGUGGAAUAGUUAUUUUUAAAAAAUUUAAUUAAGGUUUUUGACAUGUGCUCAGUUCUCUUUCAAUUGUACCAAUUAACAAACAGCAGAAUUUUACUUUGUGUAUACUAUGAAUAAAUUUUCUCCGGUGGCUUGGGUCCUUCCUCCAUUCAAGUUUUUUAAACCACUCAUGUCUAUAGAUAUUAAUAGCUAUUAUUUGUAUACUUAACGUUGUACAAACAUGUUGGUAUCAAUGUAUCAUAGUACUGGGAACUAUAUCGCAGCAAGUGUGAAAGCGCCCAUUUAAUCCCACGUGUAUGGGCUUUUGACUGUACCGCAGAAAGAAUAUUAUCGCGUGUACCGUCCACCAGUCCUGUAAUAUUGUAUCUGUGUGUGUGAUGCCAUAUAAAAUCAUUAGACCAAUUUUAUCAGUAUCGGUUCGCGUACCGCUGCAGUAUGUGGGAACCUUUACGCUAAUAGUCAUUAGUCAUUAUAGUUAAUAAUACUAAAUACACUAAUAUUUGUUGGUAAUGAAAAUGUUCCGAUACUUGUUUGUUUUAAAUAAGUAAAUAAUUAAAUUUCGUAGACAAAUAAGCAAAAACGUACAGUAUGAUUACUUUUUUAUGUAACAAUAAAUAUGUAUGCAAAAUGAUCUUGGAUUUGAAUUUUUUUUUUUUUUUCGGAAAGUGAUAUACAUUUUAAUGACAAGUUUUUGUUUUUCAACUUUUUCGGUGUUAAUAAAAAUUACUUUUUUUAUCUGUAGCAACAUAAUUUUGUCACUAGAUUCAAAUAGUCUUAUUCAAGCAAAUUUGAUCAAUACGAAUUUUUUUAUUUCAAAAAUUACAAGAAAACAACUCAUUGUAUUGGUCAGAGUUAUUUGAAAACACAAAGCUAUUCGAGUCAUGGGUCAAUAAAACCUAUUCAAAAUCAUUUGUACCGUGCAUGCCUAACGAGACCAUAAUUUUUUCCCUUAAAGCAGCCCGCUUUUACAUUUCAAUAAGAAAAGCACUGCAAUUAUUAUUUUUCGCAUAGAACAAUAAAAAUAUUGUAAAAUACAUUAGAACGUCAUAAAACCAAUUAUUCAAAAAUGAACUCUAAAAAUUGUAUGUAUAUUAUCCCGUAUUAUGUUUAUUUAUUAAUAGAGUUAAUUACUUGGGCAGGUGGUUUUCUAUAUUUGUUAAAUGAGUAACGACCCUCUGCGAGUAGGUAUUGUAUUCAGCUGUCGAAUCGAACACUGUAACAAGAAUUCUGAUCAUUUUGUAUAUUGUAUUGGUAUACAUUUUAAUUAAAAUUAUUAAUUAAAUUGCGCAGAUUUUUGACAUUAUGUAUACAUAAUUGGUCGAAAUAUUUGUAUAACGUUUGGGAUUAAUCCUUGAAAAUGCAAUGACCUUUGAGCGACCCGCGUUUGACAAAUUAUUAAAAUGGCUCUACUGUACAAUUUGUAAAAUGUUAGCUGUUGUAUUUUAUGUUUCGACAACCACAUUUUUUGUGCUGCGAUCAAUAAUCACGUGCCCUUUUUCGUUAGAAUAUAUAUUCAGUCACCUUUUUUCCAAAACUGGACAUAUUUUGCGUUCCUUGGGGACAGCGGGACUCGUGGAUUAAAAGUGGGAUUGUUCCGCUGAAAGCGGAGAGUAAUGUCACGUUAUGCACCGAAAAAGUUAAAAUUUGUGUAUUUCAGUAUCCCCUGGUAUUUUCCAAAAACAGCAUUCAAUUCCAAUGUAUGACGGCCACCAUAUUAAUUAUUGUUAAGCUUCCCAUACACUACGAUGAAACCCGACGGUUUUUAUUUCUCUCGAGUCUUAAUUUUAAACGCGACGGAUUUACCGUUUGUCGUUUAAAAUCGUAAUGUGUGGAUUUUCCGACAAUAACCGACGCGUUUAUUAAAAUAUGUAUGCUCAUCCAUUCUUAAAUAAUUAAACCAAUCUCCAGGAUGUAGUUUCAGCUCAUUCAAUAAAUUUAUAUGAGACAUUUUUUUUCUUUUUAACAACCACUCUCUAGUCCAUGCCGAGCGUUUUCUAGUCUUUUUCUUUGAUCAAACAGAACUUGCCACAGCCACUGCUAUCAAUUGCGUCGAAUUCAUGGUAUACGUAAAAAAAUUUGCUACACCUCAGCUGUUAAUAAACUUAAUAAAUUUAAUAAAAACUGAAGCAUCACUCGAUUUUGCAACACGAAGUGUGUACAACCGACGAUGCAGCACGAUGAAAACUGACGUGUUUUGUCGUAUAUAGCGUAUGAUCAAAAUCAUUCGGCGAUGAUAACCGACGUGUUUUUCUGUGACUAUGAAAACCGUAGUGUAUGGGAAGCUUUACGUCGGAUACGUGUAUGUAUGUACACCAUAUAUUGUUGUUAUUAUUAUUAUUAUUAUUAAUAAUAAUACAAUAAUAAGAAUAAAUAGGACGCUCUUCGGCUGGGCGAUAUUCUGGCGGACUGUCAAAAUGUGCGCGGAAAUAUAACUCCAGGCAACCCAUUAGCCUAAUUACCCGCGUCGACGGCAAUAGCAGCCUCCGUUUUUUACAAUGAAAAAAAUCGCGUGUGUGCCUAAAAUAAAAAAAAACGACCUUCGAUCGAAAAGAGGGAAACCAACACGGCCUCCUCACCGUGAUAUAAUAAUAUUUAUGGCCGCCGCGCCGUGCGAUGGCGCCACGCUGUUACAUACGCGAAAUUCGAGUCUAUACGGACAUUAAGUCGUAAACUUCUCCCCAAUUUGUAAACAAGUCACCUUGUGGUGGUUCUUUGGUUUCGAGUGUUUUAUACGUCUACUCGUCGUAAUAAAAAUAUAAUGCAUCGUAUAACCGUAUACCACACGCACGCACACACGCACGCACGCGCUCACACACACACGCACACACGCCCGGAUAACUGUCCGUCAGAGCCUUAUAAGGCUAUAGUCGUUCAACUGGUAUUUUAUUUUAUUUUUCAUCUUAUUCUUCACGUCGUCGUCCGUCGUCAUUGAUGAUGACUACGCGACGGGUGGAAGUGGAAAAUAGUUUACACCUCGUCGCUGCCGCGACCUUUAAAAGAUGAAUACUGGGGGAAAAAAAAAAAAAAUUUAUCUAAAACUACUCUGGCCCCGACUACAAGUAUAGGUACUCGCCUUUUUCGUUUUUCACUCUUAUUAUAACCGUACCGUUGUCGCUACUCACGAUACGACGCUCGGUCGUGUGCUAAAAUCUUCGGUGGGGACGAACCGUCGCGUAUUUUUAUCCGAUGAUUUCAUUGAUGACGCGCAGCGUGACCGGAAAUCGCGCGUAUACUACCUAUAAUGUAGUAUUGUCCCACAAUAUUAUGUUCGCGCAAUUAUUAUUAUGGCUACAUAAAAUAUGACACAAAAUCGUCGACGUGGCCCGAUUUUUGCUUACAAUACGCGAUGGUAUUUCCCCCCCUCCCCCGGUCAAAUAACCGUGUCGUCUUUUCGGCUGCGAACGAUCGUAGGCAAAAGUUGAAACUUGCCGGGCCGACCGACCAUAAAAAAACCUGCGGCACGCAAUCGUGUGGGAAUAUGACUGGUUUCCAGCGUUUCCACCGGGCACCCACGUGCGGUUUUGUAACACGCUAUAAACAACGUUAAAAAAAAAUCCGUUGUACACCCACCGUCGUCCCGUUGCCCCGGCCGCCGUCGUACUCGCGCCGCGCGCACCUUUUACACAGCUGCUGCCGCGGCCGCCGCCCCGCGAUUGUUAUUAUUAACGACACAUGUUUACAUUUUUUGACCGUUGGGCGCCGUAGACGGGACGCCAAAGACCCGUGAACGGCUUGGACGCGACCCGCCGCAUGACGACGGCCUUUGCCGACACGAACGCCGCGCACGUCGUCCAGACGGACCGUGUUUACAACGCCGGACGCGACAUAUGGCCGUAAACGGCGUUCGCGGACGGGGAGGGGGCGAACCUUGACUGUCGCGGCAGACGUGCGUGCAUUCGAUUUUGUCGAGAAGUUACUCGGGUACCACCAGUGCACUGUCGUUAAUGAGCCAUGUAGGCCAAAAGACGAGUUAUUACUAAUAAUCGUCACGAGCAUACCAUUAUCGUAUUACUGCGGUGACCAAAACACUCAUUACGCCGCGCGCGCGGGAAACAUCAAAACGAUUUUAUUGCGUAAUACGAAAACGUUUGCCAUGACAAAACACAGCGAAUUUACAAACACUGCAUACGCGUUAUUUUGGUACGAUGACGCAGUACGGCCGUCCGGAUUAACCUAAUCAAACGAGCAUUUGAGUGGCUCUACGGGCGGCGGUUUUCGAUGAAUAAAAGUGAUGAAAAGAGAUGGGUUGAAACCAAUAAUCGUGUCUUUUAGUUAUGUUCUAGAUAAGUAAUUUCAAUGAGUGAAAUGAGGUUAAGAACGUGGUAUAAAAUGAUUGAUUAGUGUGGGUAAAACUACCGUCAAUGGUGAAAUAUGUCAGAAUAAUCCACGAGUACCACUUAUUAAAAGUCCCCCACCCCCCGUGGUUUGAACAUUUCGAUGUUAUAGUACCCAAUAAAUAAUAUUAUCAUCGUGACGUUUACAUAAUUCGUUUAAUAAACGUUUUCAAAAAUUAUUUGUUUACUAUCGUAAAAAUAAAUAGAGUGGAAAUUAUUAUGAUCGGAUUGCCCUUGAACGAUCGGAAACGACGUGUGACGCAUUGAAUAAAUAUUGAAAUUUCUGCGUUUUUAGAACGGUCCGCGUGCAUACGUGUGACGUUUCCAUAUUUGGCUAUCGUCCGUUGUUGCUGCAUAGGCAUUUGUACCUAAAAUAAUCACAUUAUCGUAUUAUAUUACGUUUCAACACGUUGUUGACUUGCAUGGUUUUGUUUCGUUUUCUAUAAAAAAUUAUCUCGGAAAUAUUUAUAUGGAAAAUUGUAACAAAUCGGCAUUUUCCGUAAAUAUUUACCGAAACCCUUCCGCUCGUACGAUGCGAUAGAAGUAUUUGAUUAAGUAAUCGUUUAAAUAAUUUUAAUCGAUUAUGUAUUGCAUAUAUACGACACCGAAACAACGAUUUUAUACUUUGGUCUGUACGAUUACAACUUUUUUUUUCUUUUAUGUAUAUGUAUAUAUUGUAUCAUAUUCGACUACCAAUCCUAUUAGAUUUAGAACUUUAUUUACUGUAGGCGUAGGCAAACACCUCCGAUAGAGGUGGGAGCGCCGUAAUUGACCGGAAAAUGAAACGCCGGAACGUAGCAAUCUCAAACCGUAAUACCACCGAAAUAAAAUCGAAUGAAAUUAAAUAACACGGACCUUAAUUUGAACGGGACGUAAAACACACUGAAUACAAAAUAAUACGGACAAUUAUAAUCACGAACGUCAAAAACUCUGAAACGUAAAAUACCGAAUACAAAAGUGGUCAAAAUUUAAAAACGAAGACUGUAAAUUAACAAGAAAUAAAUAUCAUGAAGCGUGUAAAAGUCUCUGAUCAUAAUGUCCUGGAAUAUGUAGAAUUUAAUAUUUGUGUAUACUACUACUAGAUAGCGGUACAGUGUAUUAAUGAAAACCACGGACUAAGAUAUAUCUUAGUCCUUGGCGGAAACACUUGAGAACUGUGAAUCCACUCCCCCCGCUAUACUAUACGUGUAUAUAGAGGCCCGUACUAGCUCCUUAAAUGGAGGUGGUAGUUGUAUUAAAAUAUAAUAUUUAAAAAACCGACUUAUAGUAUUUAAUUUUUUUAGUAAGAGAUCAAAUCUAGUUAGUACUUUAGGGGAUCAAAAAUAAGAAAUUCUCAGUAGUAAAAGCACCGGAAAAAACAAAUUAAGGAAAAAUAGUAGUUUUUACAAAAUUUGGUAAAACUCAAUAGCUAAUAACCAUAGAUAUUUGCAUUUUAAAAAUAUUUUGACUAUUGAGCUAUUUAUGGGCAUAAGAAGUUAUUACUCAUUUUUCUUCAACAUUUGUUAUGAUUAUUAAAAUUCAUCUUUAAGACCUUUUUAUAAUAUUAAAAAUAAAAUAAAGAAUUGAUACUGGAGAAGGGUGUGCCAUUAUUGUAGGUGGGAAGUUGGGAAGGUAGGAUACAUAAAAUCAUUCAAUUUAUAUCUGUAAGCAAUCCAUAAACUAUUGUUAACAAAAAAAGAUUUGAAGCGAAGUUUGGGCAUAUAUGUUUGAACAAACGCAAUAUGAUUUUCGUCAAAAUUCCAUAUUAAAACUUAUGACAGAAAUAUUUUGUUGAACUAAAUUUGUUGUUUUAAGGUCUAAACUAUAUUAAUUUGAAAUAUUUGCAAAAUUAAAAAGCUGUACUAGGAUAAUGGGAACUGGUGUAUCCACUGUUGUUGGUGAGAAGUUGGAAAGGUAGGAUAUUAAAGGGGAAAUUAAUUUGUAUCUGUAAGCAAUGAUAAACCUUUGCUUACUAAAAACCAUUCUGAGCGGAGUUCAGUCGUAGUGAUGCUUUGUCAAAAAUAUAUAUGUCAUAUUUUAGUAAAAUAAUUACGUAGGCAUUAUUAAUUGUACUGAUUUUCCCAUUUUUCCUGAGAAUAUCAAAAAAUUAUCUUCUUAAAGUACCACUCCAAUCAGAUUUUCUUUCAGAAAAAGAUCUAUUUUUGUAAAUCUGAGUAAAAUUGCUAGUAGAAAAAUUGUCCACAGAAAAAAAAAUAAACAUUGUAAAACCAAUACAUUCCUCGCUCCACUCAGAAUCUAAAAAUGUCACUGUAACGCAUGUAUUCAAUAAAUGGGUGCGAUAAACGUGUAGGUACUUUUAUUUAAGUUUAUUAGUUGGUAACAGCUGUUGUGAGUCAAACUUAACAAUAAUAUACAAAUUACAAGGUAAAUACUAGUGAUGAUAGUCGAUAACGUCGCCGGGCGACGCUACUUGAGAAUAAGGUGAACUGGAAAUAGUAUAAUAAUUUAUUAAAUUUAAAUUAGAUUGAACUAUAAAAUACAGUAUUAUAUUUUUAUAUUAACUUUGAAUAUUCGUUUUUAUACGCAUUAUACAAUAGCAGUAUUUGUUAAUGGCUCAUAUUUGUCUAUAUAGUAAUCGGCCCACCCGUCCGCCCUGUCUAUAAUUACUGUACUAAACUUCAAACUAUCGAAGGUAAUAUAACAACUGAUAAUACUGAAUGUAUUGUUGUCAUGUAAUUUUAUCGUUAGUGUACUCGUUUGUAAUCGCCAUAGAUUAAUUUUCUUUUGUGUAUAAUUGAUGUGUUUAAUCAAUAACUAUAGCAAAAUGAGCUAACAAAAGCAAUUCUCAGUUAAAGAAAAAGCAAAAGUUAUUUUUCGUUUAAAAAAAACUUGAAAAAAGACGCUCUAGUAUAAUGAGGACUGUGCAACUAUUUUUAUAGAUGAUUUAAUGUAUACCUGUAAGCAACAAUAAACCAUCGAUUACGAAAAAACGAUUCUGAGCUGAGUUCAGUUAAUAGUGAUGCUUUGUUAACAAUAUAUAUGUCAUUUUAUAGUAAAAUAAUGAAAUAAACUUUAUAUAUUUUCUUUAAUAAUAUUUGUUUAAUGUUAAACCGAUUUUACCUGUUUUCCUACGUUUUUUCCGGUUUUUCACAUUUGCUGGGAAAAUUCUUGAGAAAAUCGAAAAAUUAGCUCUCUAAAAUACCUUGUUAGUGAAAUUUACUUUUAGAAACAUUGCUAUCGUUAAAAGUUGUGCACAAGAAUAAAAAAAAUUGUAAUAUUUUAGUAAUAUAUUUCGUUAUUUCGUAUUUUUUUUUUUUUGAGGUUUUUCAAAUUUGAUGAAAAAAUUACUGAGAAAAUCGAAAAAUGUAAAAAAAAAUCCUUUCAGAAAAGGUGCUACACGUAGAAAUCCGAGCAUGUAUUCUGGUAGAAAAGUUGAUCAUACAUAAAAAAAAAAAAAAUAUGAUAAUAAUAAUAUAAUCAUCUUCUACUAUAAACUUCUUCGCUCCAUUUAAUAUCUAAAAUUAUGAAUAAUUUUUAUAUAAACAAAGUAUAAACUAAAAUUAAAUAUUUUUUGAAUACAAUGUAAAUUUAAUUUCAAUUUUAUAAUAUAGCUUUGUUUUAUUUUAUUAUUUUUUGUAUGUAUUGAAGUAAUGAUUAAGUAAUACAAUAUCAUCUUCAUAUAAAUAUAUAUAUGCAUACAUAAUGAAGUUUUUAAAUUUUAUUUUAACUGAUCCCUUGAAUACAAUGUUAUUCAAUGAGAAAAGGCUUUUUAUAAACUGUUUCUACUAUAUUUACUAUGCACACCUUUAAAAAACACGGUGUAUCACAAUCAAAGAUGUAUUUGGUAAAAUUUGAAUUAUUAUUAAAAUAGAACUCAAUAAUUCUCAAAAAUAAAAUCAAUGCACCAAUAUUUGUUGUCGAAGGUAUUUUUAAUUUUAAAAGAAAAUAAAAACAAAGUAUUAUCUGACAAUAUUUUAAGUUAUAUUGUAUUAUAAAAUCACAUAAUUUUCGUUACCCAAAAAGUUUUUCCUGAAAAAAUAUACAUUCUUAAUUUAUAUCAGUAUGUUAUGCAAUGAUAAACCAUUGAUAACGAAAUACGAAUCUGACCAAAGUUAUGUUACACAUAUUUUGAAAUGCCGUUGUUUAAAUGAUAUUCGUUAAAAUUUUACCUUAAAGCGCUUAUAAAUCUCGUCUUAUUUAAAAACUUCACUAAUUAAUAUUAUUUAAAUAUGCAAUAUGCAAUACGCAAACGAUAAAUCUAUUUUUAAAGUCUCAUUAAAAUAUAAUAUUUAGAACUAUUCUAAUGAUGCGUGUAAUUUAUGAUCUGAUCAAUGUUUAAUGUGUAAAUAUCACCCUAGUCAAAUUUUGAUAGUAAAAUAGGUAUUCAAAAAUGUAUGAUUUUGUUUGAGUAAUUAUAAAUUAUUUUACAGGGAAUUGGGUCAAAAUGAAUGAACGAUUAAAAAUGAUGUUGCUGACAAUAGUCUUGUUGACACUUGACUUUUGUUAUGCAGAAGAACAACAUUCAAUCAGACAAAAUCCCUGUAUUCUUAAACAGACUUGUCAUGAUUGUAUACAAACUCCAACAUGCGCUUGGUGUGGGCAACUGGUACAGUAAAAAUAUAAAACCAUUAAUCAUUUUUUUUUUUUUUAUACUCUAACAAUUUAAUUAAUGAAUGUAUUCAUUGACUCAUGUUAUAAAUACAAAUGUUUGAAAUCUUUCAUUUAAUUUCAUUGCUCAAUAGAAUAUUGUAAUUUGUCUUUUAUUUUUUAGGAAUUUGAUGGAAACCGAUGUUUUCAACCCAACAUUAACACUAACAUUUUAUCAAAAUGUGAUAGUGUUACUAAUCCUAAUACUGCAUAUAGCAUUUUAGAAGCAAAAAAUCUUCAAAAAGCCUCUAGAAAAGUCAUUUCAAAAAGUUCGAGUAGUAGCUCGUCAAGUAGUAGUUCUUCUUCUUCUUCUUCUUCUUCUUCUUCUUCUUCUAGUUGGUCUACUGGUGGUUCAGGAGGAGCAGCAAAUGAUGCUGUUCAAAUCUAUCCACAAAAAGUAGCUCUUAAUCUUCGAAUAAGUUAGUUAUUUACCAUUAAUUGUAAUUCUUGUGUAUAAUUUAUAUUUAUGUUUAACUAAAUUGUUUUAAUUUAAUUUUAAGAUGAAGCCUAUAGAAUAGCUGUAAAUUAUGCACAAGCAGAAGAUUACCCAGUUGAUUUAUAUUAUUUAAUGGACUUGUCUAAUUCGAUGGAGGAUGACAAACAGAAAUUGUCUGCUCUUGGAAAUUUACUAGCUGAAAGUAUGCAGAAUAUUACUUCAAAUUUCCGUCUUGGAUUUGGAAGUUUUGUUGACAAAGUUGUUAUGCCAUAUGUAAAUACAAUGCCAAAAAAGUAAGUUUAAAGUCAAACGAUAAUGAUUUGUUUCUAAUAUUGAACUAGUAUUUAUGUAUGGUUUGGAUUAUAAUUUAUUUUCGCAUGAUUUUCUUGGAUUAGUGUAAACUCUCCAUGUGAAAACUGUUGUAAACCAUAUGGUUUUUAUAAUAAGAUGCCAUUGAACUCAGAUACUGAUUCCUUCUCUGUAAGUUAAUAAUGCAAUAUAAAUACAGGGAAAACAUGUUUUAUCUAUUAAUAGUUGGAUAUUGCAUAAAUAAAUUUGAAUGUUUUAGGUGUAUUGUGUAUAUAUUACUAAUUAUAGCUUACAAACAUGUGUAAAAAAAGAAUAUUUUUCAAAUGUUAUCAAUUGGUAAGGGGAAUAGUGAAAACAGCAAAAAUAAAUUUGGCCCUUCUUCUCUACAUUAAUAUAAUGUAUGAUAAAAAUGUAGUUAUAGUGUUCAUAAGAUAAAAGUUUUGACUGUUAAUAAGUUUUCUAUGAUCUUGAUACAGAACCAUAUUUAGAGAAGUACUCUAUCUGGAAAUUUUCUAAAACUACAACAAAAAUAAUAGCAUACUUACUUUUAAUAUUUCUAAUAAAUUAUUAAAAAGUUGUAAUAUUCAAAUUUGUUUUUUUAAACAUACAGUUGUAAUUUAUAUGCUAUUGUCUUUUACAUUCAGAAGUAUAUAAUCACAAAGUACAUAGGAAUAUAAUAAUAGGUUUAUGAUAUUAUCAACGCUUCAAUGCGCAUUGACGUUUGAUAGGUUUAGAUAAAUAUAUCAUGUCUCGAGUAUCUACUGAAGAUUUACACACUUACAUACGUAUAUGUAUGAUUUUUAUGUAUAUAAGUAUGUACUAAUAAUAAAUUUUGACAAUUGUAAAAUCUGUGGCCGACAGCGAGUGUAUGAGUGCUUCAACAAGUUUCAACACUCGGAUAUGCUAAUUGUAGUUUGGUUAAUCGAGGUUCUUCUGUACCAACAUAUGUAUAUAUAUACAGUGGAACCUCGAUAGCUCGAAUCGGUUAGGGGCGAAAAAAAAAUUUGAGUUAUCGAAAAUUCGACUUAUAGAGGUUCGAGUUAUCGAGGUUCCACUGUAUUUGUAUUUGUAAGUCAAACACAAAAAACGUGUGUGACUUAAUGAUUACUAUUAAACUCCUAUAUUCAAUUUAUUUAUUUUUUUAGUUUUAAUAUUAAUUAUGUAAUAGUGGUUUGAAUAAAGGUUUAAACUGUGUUUAAAGUAUAAAUACAAUGUAAUUGUACAUAAAUUACAUGGUGUAUUUUAUUAUAAUAUUAAUAUAAAUUACCAUAAUAAUUAUAUCAUGGACUUUCUCUAGGAUUGGGAAAAUUGGUUCCCCCCUCCCAUUAGUUUAUUCUGAAUCUAUGUUUCAAUUAUGUAUUUUGGGUUGACAUCAUCACACACAAAAUAUUAUAUACAACAUUACCUUUAUAAAAUGUAUAAAUGUAAAUAAAAAUAUAUAGCUAUCUUUUCAAUAUUAAAUAAACAGAUACAUAAUAAUUAAUAUUAUCAAUUGCAGUAUUCAAUAUUAUACACCCCAUGUGUUCAAUUUAGUGAUUACCAAUAGUCUAUAAUAUUUAUGUCACAUUAUUUAAUGCAUGUUACAAUACAUUUUAUUUCUUUCAUUGUUGUAUUUGUAAAUAUUACAAAACUUAUUUUGUAAUAAUUUUUGUGUGCUUGUAUAAUAUCCAGCUUGCUGAAGCCAUGUCCUAAUUGUUCAGCGCCAUAUGGAUUUCAAAACGUCAUGUCUCUCAGUACUGACACUCAUAAAUUUGCCGUAAGUCCGAUGUAAACAAUUCAACAUCCUAAAGAAUCAGUCUGCACUACAUUGUUAUUAACAAUUAAUUAAUUGAAUAAUUAAUAUUUAUUUUAAUUACUAAUUUUUAAUAAUGGUGGAUUUUCUUUUAAAUUUGAUUUUAUAUUUCCUUUAAAUAUUUUUACUGUUAUAAGUUUAACAUUUUAUUUAAUCACAUCUAACAAACAAAAUUUCUUAAAAUAUUUUACUUUAGAGUUUGACUGACUUACAGCUUAUUUAUUUGUUUCUGUUGCAUGAUUAACUUGAUAUAUUUGUGUGUUAAUAUACUAAUCUUGUAAAUAAUUGCAUGUUUUAAUUUUUUAUGAUAAUUGUAUUAGUUAAAAAUAUACAAUUAUAUUUAGGGUGAAGUCGAAAGAGCAAAAGUUUCAGGUAACUUAGACGCACCAGAAGGUGGUUUUGAUGCUAUUAUGCAAGCUAUUGUUUGUAAUAAUAUUGGUUGGAGGGAACGUGCCCGACGAUUGUUAGUUUUUUCAACAGAUGCUGGAUUCCAUUAUGCUGGUGAUGGAAAAGUAUGCUGAUUUGAUUAUUAUUACUAAAUCAAGUUAUCAUUAUAAAUAACAUUUAUAUACACAUUUAUUAUUUAUAUAUUAAUAUUUUAUUUUUAGCUUGGUGGUAUUGUAAAACCUAAUGAUGGUCAAUGUCAUCUUGAUGACAAAGGUAUGUAUACAUAUUCAACUGUUCAAGAUUAUCCAUCAAUAUCUCAGGUAAAUGUCCAUUUUCAUUAAACUAAAACUAUUUUUAAUAAUAUGUACAAUGUACACUCAAUUUUUUUUUUUUUUUUAGAUCAAUUUAAAAGUAAGACAGAAUUCAAUCAAUAUGAUCUUUGCUGUAACAGCUGAACAAAUUAGAGUUUAUGAACGGUUAGGACAACAUAUUGAAGGAGCAUCAGCUGGUACUCUAUCUGAAAGUUCUGCAAAUGUAGUUGACUUAGUGAAAGAUCAAUAUAGUGUAAGGAAAUUUGCAUACUUAUCUUAUUUAUUUUAAAUUCUGAGUGUAGCAAAGAAAGUAUUGGUUUUACUAAGAUGUUUAUAUUUUUUUAUAUAUAUUGUGUACACAAAUUCCAACAUAAAUCUUGCUCAGAUAUAUAUGCAUGACACCAUUUCUAAAAGGGAAUUUUGUCCAGAUGGUACUCUUGGGAGGUAAUUUUUUUGAUUUUCCAUGCAGUUUUCAUAUCUGGGAAAACUAGGAUAAAACUUAAGAAAAAUGGAAAAUUUUCGAAAAUAAUGAUUUUGUUAUUUAAUGUAAUUUAGUUAAAAAUAUUUUCACAGACUUGAAAUUUAGAUAGAAAACUUACAUUUACUUUUUCUAGAUAUGGUAAAAUUUUUAAAUCAUUUAAGCCAAUUUUAGGCUAUUUAUAAAUAUUUUAAUUUUAUGAGUUUUGUGCGUCAUUUUUAUUCGAUAGAUACUAUAUGGUAAAAUGUUUAAACUUAAUAGAAAUGCUUGAAAAUUUAACAGGAGGUUCAUUAAAAGUUGUACUUUGUGGUCAAAAAAAAAAUUGUGUUUGAUGUAGUAUUUUUUUUUAUAAAGGCAUUUUAAUAUCAAAUUUUGAUGAAAAUCGUUUGAGUUAAAAAUAAUGUGAAACAAAUCAAAUUUUUCAUUUUUUUUCUAACUUAUUUAUAUUGUCGAUUUAAGAACAGUGGUGAAAUUAGAAUUGAGUGAACUGAUUUAGUUUCGAAAUUAUAACUUUUUGAAGUUUGAUAUGCAAAUAUUAUAUGUUAUGUUAAAUAACUAUUGUCAAUACUAUAGUAUGUUUGUCUUAGCCAAAUGGUUUUACAUACCUAGUUUCAUUCUGGGAUUCACGAGUUCAAACCCUAUGUAUUUUUUAAAAAAAUGUUUGCCCUUAAUUUUUCUCAUUUACCUAAACAAGAAAAAAAGAUGCAUUUUAGGUGUACCUAAAGACCCAGCUAUUUCUCGCUCGGAUUAUUUUAGUCUACAAAUACUACUCAAUUUGUUGUGCAAACUAUUCUACCAGAUUUACAAUAAUAUCCCUUUUUCUGAAAGGAAAUCUGACUAGGAAGGUACUUUAGGGAAGUCAUGUUUCGAGUUUCCCAAGAGUUUUCCCAGCAAAUGUGGAAACAACAGAAAAAUCGGUACAAUAUUAAUCAAAUAUUAAAGAAAAUAUUUAAUACCUAUUUAAUUAUUUUACUACAAUAUGACAUAUAUAUUGUUGACAAGGCAUCACUACCAGUUGAACUGUACUCAGAAUCGUUUUUUUUGUAAGCAAUAGUUUAUUGUUGCUUACAGGUGUACAUUAAAUUAUCUAUAAUAGUGGCUGCACCCAUCCCCAAUAUCUUAUACUUUAUUUCAAAUAAGUCUGGCAAAAUGUACGAAAAAACUACAUCCCAUUUCACGCAAGUAUGUCACGUGAUCUGCCAGCAGAGAGCACUGUGACGAUCCAGGUGUAUACAACUUGAUCAAAUUUUCACAACAUGCCACUUACAUACAAGCUGUGUAUAACGUUCUACUCCCAAAUAUAUUAUAUACAUUAUGCUCAAACCAUUUUUAUUAUAAACGGCGGUGAGCUCUAUCCACUGAUCAAUCACAACGAAUAACGACAAGUGCCGAUAAUUGUAGCCAAUGACAGUGCUACUUCCUGCGCAAUUUUUUUUAGACUUAUUUGAAAUAGAGUAUAGAACGUCUUUUUAUUCAUGUACUUAUACUCUUUAAAUAACUUCUAUGUAAUUAUAUUACAGAAAAUAUCAUCUUCUGUUGAAAUGAGAGAUACAGCUUCUAGUGCUAUAAAAGUCACUUAUUAUUCUAGCUGUCUCAGUAAAAAUGACGUUUUAAUCAAAACUAAUAAAUGUGAUGGACUAAAAGUUGGUACAGUAGUGAGUUUCCAAGCUGAAAUUGAAGUAACAUCAUGUCCACCAAAUAAAAAAGAUUGGAAUCAAACGUUUCAAAUAUACCCUGUUGGUAUUAAUGAAUCAUUAACUGUAACUGUCCAAAUGCAGUGUGAUUGCCCGUGUGAGAAUGUUGGAUCUUCUGUUAGUAAAAUAUUAAAUAAAUCUUAAUAUUAUCUAUUAUAGAUUAAUUGUUUUAUUUAAUAUUAUAAUUCAGGGUUAUCUAAAAGGACCAAAAUUUUGUCACGGUGCUGGUAUAAUGAAAUGUGGUGUUUGUGAAUGUGACUCCAUGCAUUUUGGCCGUACAUGUGAAUGUGAUGCUAAUAAUAAUCGCCAUGGUAAUGAUUCAGAUAUAGUGUCUGGAUGUCGUAAGAACAUUGACUCGGAAAUAAAUUGUUCGGGUCGUGGAGAUUGUAACUGUGGUGAAUGUGACUGUCAAACUAGAUCAAAUCCAGAAGAAGUAAAAUUGUUUUCCAUUUUUUUUUUUUAUUAAAUUAAUUUUAUUGCUAAAAUUAUUGACAAUACAUAAUAUAUUUUCAGAAAGUUUAUGGUACUUACUGUGAAUGUGAUAAUUUUUCCUGUGACCGAUCUGGUGGUGCUUUAUGUGGUGGCCAUGGUAUUUGUGAUUGUGGUAAUUGCAAAUGUAACCCUGGAUGGGAAGGUGAUUCAUGUGAUUGUCAUGCUACAAAUGAAACAUGUAUAAUGGAUGGUAGUAAAGAGAUUUGUUCGGGUCGUGGUACUUGUGAAUGCGGUCAAUGUAAAUGUCAUGAAGAAGUAGGCAUCAGAUAUUCUGGAAAAUAUUGUCAAAAAUGUCCAGUAAGUAAAAAUUAUGAACUACAAUACAACUAUCAAAUAAUAAUUCUUGUGAAUUAUUAAAUUUUAAAUUAGAAGAAUUUUACUUAUUAAUUAUUAUAUUGAUAUAUUUUAGACUUGUCCAGGAAGAUGUCAAGAUUUUAAAAAUUGUGUUCAAUGUCUUGUAUACAAAACUGGUCCUUAUUCCCCAGAAGAAUGCGAAAAAAAUUGUACAAUCAAACCUAUCAUUGUAAAAGUAGCUGAAGGUAUUCUAUCAAAUAUAUAUGUUCCCUUAUUUAUUGUCAAAUUUAUUUUAAUUGUAUUUUUUUUUUUUCUAGCUAAUGAAGAUAAAGAUGAAAAUUUGUGUUCAGACUAUGAUUCAGAUGAUUGUCGUUUUGCAUAUGUUUACACUUAUGACCAAAGUGGAAAAAUAAUAAUUCGAGCACAAGAAGAACGUGAAUGCCCUCCUCAAGUCCACUUUAUGGGUGCAUAUUACAUUUUAAAUUAUAGCUAAUUGAUUUUUAAAUUAUAUUAUAUAUAAAUAGUAAGUAAUGUAUCCUCUUUAUAUUUAAGGUAUUAUAUUGGGUGUUAUCGGUGCUAUAGUAUUAAUUGGAAUGGCCCUUUUGUUAUUAUGGAAACUUCUAACAACAAUUAAUGAUAGACGAGAGUUUGCGAAAUUUGAAAAGGAACGUAUGAUCGCUAAAUGGGAUACAGUAAGUCUUGUUCAAUCAUUUUCUCAUAGUAAAUAACACUGAAUACAUUUAUUUUAUUUUCUCUUACAUUAAAAUUAUCUUAUUUAAGAUUUUUAGGAAUAUUCAAAAUUUACUAAUUUUUAAACAAUUUUUUAUUUAAAUUUAAUAAAUAUUUGUUACAUAAUAUAAGUCAAUAUUUUCUUGCUAUUUUACAAAGAAAAAAUGAAAAAAACUUAUCUAUGGUUUAUUAUUAAUUUUUAUAUUUUUGGGUUUCUUUUUUUUCAAUAUAAAGUUCUUAUUCAAAAUUUUAAUUAAUAAGAAUUAUCAAAUAUAUUUAUUUGUCUCUUAUUCAGGCAGAAAAUCCAAUCUACAGACAAGCUACGUCAACAUUCAAAAAUCCUAUGUAUAUGGGCAGAUCUUAAUCUCCAGAAGUGUUCAAAACCAAAAGUUUUCACUAACAAAAUCUUAAACACAAAAAGAGUUACUCUCAAUAUUAGAGCUUUUGUUAGAGAUUAGAACACGUGCCAUAGAUGUGUAUAUUUUGAUAGUACAUUAACACUUUUUUUUCGUGUUUUUGGAACGAACAAUUAUUAACAAAAUUACAGUAGAACUUUGUAUUUUGUAUCCAAAUAUUCAUUAUCAAUGUUCAGUUUCCAGUAACAUAUAAUUUGUAAGCAAAAUACAAUUAUAACUUAAAUAUGUUACUUAGAAACAUCCUAAUAUUAAUUUUUGUUAAAUAUAUGUUAAUUCCUUUGUCUGUAUAGGUUUUUCUAUUUUGUUAAUAUUUUAUUUUAAUAUAUUUUCUGUAAACAUUAUUUAUUUUCUAUUCUAUUUAUAAAUUAAUCAACAGAUCUCUAAAUUUGAAAAUGAAAAUCGAGCUUAAUAGUAAAAAAUAUGUACUUAUAUGAUAAUUAAUUUUGUCUAGUCUUCCAUUACUAAUAAUACCGAUCAAUUUGAAUUGAAAAAUCUUAAUUAUUUUACAAUAAACACAACAUCGAAUUUGUGCCUUUGAUAAAUUAGUACUUACAUUUAAACAAACAUAUAUAUAUAUAUAUAUAAAUUUUAUAUAAAGUGCCUUAAAAAUUAUUGUUUGCGUGCUUAUUUUUUUGCCUCUAAUUGUAUUAUAUUAUUAACGACUGACUUUUGAUUAUUAUAAAUAAAACAAAUUGUGUAUAAUAAAUUUAACUUUUGUAUCUUUAUUUUACUGAAUAUUAUGGAUAUUGUAUGUUGUAUGAAAAUAAUUAAUUGUAUUUGUGUAUCAAUUGUACGUUUAUCAAUAAUAUACUUAAGUCCAUAGUAACUGAGUAAAUCAAUUUUGUUACUUUUGUGUUACUUAAUAAAAAGU